GUGGUCCUCAUGGGGAGGGGGGCGUUCACAACCGCAGAUCACACUGUGCAUCACUCUUGUUGCAAAGGGCGUGGGCUUUUUUUGUACAUUUCAUCUUUCUCCAGAAGCUACAUGGAUCCCGGGCCAAUGGAUGAUGCGUUCAUCACCCUGCAGCUGCGUGUGAGCAUCAAACUGCGGACGAGGAGACACCGCGGCGGCGUUCGUUUCUCCCGCCCGAACGUCUGACACUCGAACGCACCGCCGCCGUAGACGCGGGCGAAAUGCAAGCACGCCAAUAAGCCGAUCUUUAUUCGUCUCGAGCCUCCACGUCCACGGGCUUCAUGCGGCCGCGCCAGCAGAGCAGGGCUGAGUGAAGAGGUGCGGCCGCCGCAGACAUGGCCGCGAGGGCGUCGGAGCCGCUCCGUCAGCCGUGCGUUUACCACGACGCGUUCAAAGUGGAGCUCCAGGUGAGGAGACCCCUGAUGCCGGUCCAGCUGAGUCCGGAGCAGGUGGGCCUGGAGAUGCUGUGUCUGUGCGGGCAGCUGGAUCUUCUCAUCAGGGCACAGAUGCAGCAGUUCCAGGAGCAGCUGGGUCAAGGCUGCAGCCCAGAGGAGGCCGACACCUUCCAGGCUCAAGGGUCAGAGAUUCUCGACCAGAUGCUGCAGUGCCUUGAACAUCUACCAAAGCCUAUGCCACAGCUGGAGGACUACCUGGACUUAAUGGGGCUGUCAGCCAUGUUUCCUCGCGUGGAGGUGUUUCUCAUCCAGGGCAGCGCCGUGGACAUGCUGGAGAAGCCGCCCAUGGAUGAAUACUUCUUCCACGUCGCCAAACUCAACCAGCUGCUGGUCCUGAGUCAGCAGCUGGAGGAAGACAUCCGGCACCUUGGAAGUCAUAAAUACGUCGCCCACCAGCUCUCAGUUAUUUACCAAGUCGUCAGCUCUUUCAGAGGAAUUCAGGUCUUCUCUGAAAUCAAGAAAGACAUUGAGGCCAACUUCAAACAGAUGAAGCAGUCUCUAGUGGCGGAGGACGGCUCCAGACACGAGCCGCAGCUUUCUGCUCAAUACAUCACCUGGAUUUUAGGAAUAACUCAAAGCUUGACGUCGGUGGUGCUGUCACUACCGGAGGAGCUGACGGACGACCUUCACCAGGCCGUGACCUUCGUGUCCCAGCUCCUGUCCUGACUCGACCCGACAAACGCUCCGAUCCAAGGUGCUACACAGUGUGAUUCAACCUGCUGUGAGAUCAGAGUAAAUCAUCUACAUUCUGUGUGGGUUUUGUUUCGUCCUUCUGACCCUUAUUAUUAUGCUGUGGUGAGACACUUGUUUGGAGAUGAUUGUAUGUUUGUUAAAUCCCUAUUUGCAUGACUGUUUUUUAACCUCAAGUGGAAUAAAAGUGAAUAGGGACA